AUCCCUUAUGAUGGCCAAAGGGAAUUCAAAUCCACCUACUCUUCCUAUCCCCAUCUUUACUGGGGAAAAAUAUGAUAUAUGGAGUACUAAGAUGGAGACAUAUUUUUUCUCCCAAGACUUAUGGGACAUUGUUAAUGAAGAACUCUCUAUCCCAGAGAUCACCAGCUUCACUCCAGAUUGGUUACGAAAGCAGUUGAAAGCAAGUUGGCAGAAAAAUGCAGCAGCACUUUACAUCCUUCAACAAGCGGUGGAUGAUAACAUUUGUUCAAAAAUUUAUAAAGUUAAGACGGCGAAAGAAGCAUGGAACACUUUGAAAGAAGAGUUCCAAGGCAAUACACAGCCUACCAUAUUACCAGAUAAGGAAAGGAAAGAAGUUGAAGCGGAAUGUAAGAAAUACUUGCUGUUAUAUAAAGCUAUACUCGAAGGCAACCUGGAAGCUGUACGAACGCUCUGUGAUAAAGAUAAAGAUGCAUUAAAAGCCCGGAUCACGGUAAAUUUUGACACAGCUCUUCAUGUAGCUGUUGGGACAGGCAAGGCCAACCAUAUGUCGAGUAUCUAUUAAAGGGGAUGUCAAUGGAUCAACUGGCACAGAAAAUAACGAGGGCAACACGAUUCUUUCCGUUGCAGCGAUCGUUGGCAAUCUCCAGCAGCCCCAUGAU